CUUGCUUUCCCGAGGCCUCUCUUUUACUGGCUUUGCUGCCGUCGCUUUCUGUCCUCCAUGUCCCAUCUCCCUCUCCCCCCUUCCUGACAAUCCAUUCCUCUCCCAGAAUCUCUGGAUUCGGCCAUGUCCAAUCUCGAUAUACCUCCUGAUGGCCUCCUUGGCCUCGAUUAUGACUCGAGAGGCUACCUUCAGCCGCAAUCCUGGCCCGUCUCGGUGGACCAGGGCGCUCCGCCUGCUGACGGAGCGCGAGAAAUCAGCCCUUUGCAGACCAGCGGUCACGGCUUCGAACAGUCGGUGGCAAGCGAUCCCAAUUUGAUGGUGGACUGGCAAUUCCAACAAUUGCAACCCCACUACCAUUAUCCUAUCCAUGGCGACCCUUCUGCUUCUUCUCCCGCAACCCUGUUCGCCACAGGAAGAUACGGCGCGCCUGUUUCUUCCCCCAUCGACUUCUCUGCCAGUGCUGCUACUCAUAUAAGCACCGGCCUCUUGGACGGAUCGACCUAUCUGCCUCUCUCUGCUCCCAUGGACAUGACAUCUUUCGCCUUCUCCGACUUCCAAACCGGUUUGAUGGCUCUUCCCAACGGUCUCCCUGACAUGUCUUCGUACCCGCCCCAACAGAAUGUGCUUGACUCCAGUUCGCCCACCGACACCUAUUUGGAAGUCCGUUCCCUGACGAGCUCGAGCAGCGACAAUGGCUGGAGUGCUAUUGAGCACAGGAACUCGCUCGAUUUCUCAUUCCCCGAACAGGGCAUGUUCAUCAAUCCCAGCCAGACGCUGCAUGAUCGGAGCCUUUCCGAUUCCUCAUAUUCAUCUUCUCUGGGCGGCAGUUUUGUUGAGAUCUCCCAUCCAGUCCAUUCACCCACUUCGGAAACCAACCUAGAAUACGCGUACGGAAAUGACUCGAUCCCGCGGCUCAUUUCAUAUGAUCACGCUUCGCAUGGCUCCAUCUCACCAACUGCUGUAAGCCCAGUGGCUGUGACGCGGGCUGUUCCAGUUCCCGCCAAGAGAUCUUCGUCAUCAACUUCUUCAUCGGCAUCGCAGUCCUCAUCAUCAGCUUCUCCGCCUAGUAGAAAGCCAUCGCGGAGGAGUCCGAUGGCCGCAAAGACCGCAGACACGAAGGUCCGCAAGCAGUCACAGUCCGGCAAGCCAGAAACAGAGAAACGCAUUGGGAAGCGUAAGGGCCCUCUGAAACCCGAUCAGCGGAAGCAGGCUAGUGAAAUCCGGAAACUGCGGGCAUGCCUACGAUGUAAAUUCCUGAAGAAAACGUGCGACAAAGGUGAGCCAUGCGGUGGUUGCCAGCCGUCUCACGCCCGGCUUUGGCAGGUUCCUUGCACCAGGAUUGAUAUCAAAGAAAUCGGAUACUUCAUGAAGGACUGGAAAGCAGACUAUGAUCGUCACGUCACCGUCGGGUUCUCCGUGGAAAAUAUCAAGGGGUUCUCGGACCAUGAACGUCUGCUCUUUGUUACGCAUGGAUAUGGUCAUGUUCUUCCGAUUAAUGCUAGAGAAGUCUUUGUGCGUGACAAUCAGUGUUUCAACAUGAACUGGUCAGAGCAGUGGAACCAGAAACCUCCUAAUGAGUACGAGAUCGAAACAGCCAAGUUGUCGGCUGGAAUGGAAGGCAUCUCCCCUGCGUUGCUUUCGGAUUAUCUUGACCGCCAUAUCGACGGGAAUGGCACGUUCGAAAAAUUUGUUGAUGAUUACUUCGGAGGCACGCCAUUCCUUACGCAGAUGCUCAAGACUGCUUUCCGCUAUUACUUCCGUACCAAGCUUCCCGUCAUCCGCAAGGCACUCAAACUCAUUCUGGCGUACAAUCUAACGCUCCACAUUACCAUGGUUGAGGGCACUGGGGAGGAGGAUCGCUUCCUCGGCCGGAUAGAUGAUCCCUCUUCUAAAUUCCACGGGAAGACCCUGGCGCCGGUCAUGAUCAGCUUCCAGAUCAAGUGUGCCAUGGCUAGUAUGUGGCGCGAGCUACAGAAAGACGUCCUUGAGGAGCUGUCGGCUUUGUAUUCCAGUGUCUAUAGUGGGGAAAAGCUGAAGAACUGGCCGACUAUCUUCAUCUUAGCUUCAGUGCUUCUUGCAGUGUGGGAGGAAAUGCAAUUCGACUGUCAUUACCGAGUGCCAAAUCCCGAGGCCGUAGAGAAAUUCUGCAACGAUAUGGAGUCAACACCCGUCGGGGUGAUUAUCGGACUGUUCCAGGCGAUCUCGCAGAAGCUUCCCGCUUUCACUGAAUGGGAAACCCAGAAGCACCAUCAUUUGCUCAACUCUAACCCUGACGUUUGCAACACGAUGACUGAAGUCCGCCAGCACGUUACCAAAUAUGAGAGCUAUCUUCGCACCCGUUCUUCUUCGAAGUUCGAUCACAGAGACUUUGAUUGCUUGUCCAACAAGUUUCUCUCCAGAUUAGUUAUUCGGGCCAACUAGAAUGGUGGUCUAUCCAAAAAAAAAUUUUUUUUUGAAUUCGGAAGAUGAAAACGUACAGCAGGUGUUUUAAACCGAAUGAGUUUACGGCCUUGACUAUCACUGCAUGAAGCAUGAGAGAUGUUGACCGUCACGAUGAUGAUUAUUAAGAUCAAUCGGCCAUGUCCAUCAUUAUUUCAGCCUUUCUUUCUGUUCUCCUUUCCUUUCGUCACAUAUUUCUUGGAUCAACCCACCUUGCAAUUUUUCUUGCCAUGUAUCUCAGCAAAUUAGUUUAAAGCAAACGCCGGCUUCGCCACUUUUCAGUGGUCUACUUUCUCUCGCAUGCUAUCUCUGAUGUUGACUACAGUCACGACGAUUACGAUUCUACGACUACAUGAUGUGAGAAGUAGCGGCGCGAAAUCGAAAUGUCCUCUUUGUUUUGCUACUUGCAUUUAUGCUUUUUGAUCGACGAUCCUGCUUUGGGAUCUGCAUGUCCAGCCUGUCGAUAUUUUCAAGUUACCCUGGUGGUCUAUAUUCAGCUUCUGUCUGUUACAUGUUUCUUUAUUAUGCUGAUCUUCUUUGUCAGCGCCGAGUUGGAGUCGGUUACAUUGGCCAUGACCUGGCUCCUAUUCUGGGAAAGCAGGCGCGCGUGCUUGGAGAACAUUGAUUUCACUGUUUGUUGAUUCGCUUGAUACCUUAGGUAGUAUUUCUGAACUAAGUGAUUCAAUUUUAUCUGUAGUGCUAAUCGCAUGAGAUGCAAUUCCUCACGGCAGCUGGGCACUCAGUGCAUGUGCCAUGCUGAGUAUCAUCUCACUAAUCUCACUAUCUGCUCUGCGAGCGUUCAGCCAUCCCGGUUGUUCCCGCUGCCGAUAAGCGCAUCCCACGUCAUCCGCACUAAAGUAUCGAUGGUCGUAUCGAUAAUGCUGGGCAUUCUGCAUAUGACGUCAACAGUGACUGUCGCAUUUUUGGGAAAUUGAAGUCUAUUAUCUACCCUUGAUAGGGACCUUGAUAACGCUAAAGUGGUCAUCUAGGCUUUGAUAGUCUUUGCAACCUGCGUAUAAUCUGUGUGUACUGUUUCGGCACUCGGCAUGUUCAUCCAUGAUAACAAUAGGUUACAACCGCCAAGUUGCUUCCCCAAGUAUCCAUCUAGCCCAACGUCUUUCUAGACCUUUGUCGUAUUCGGGAGAGUGGAUUCCAGCUUCUUUCAAUCAAGAGAAGUGAAUGUCUGCCUCUGCGGCAUUCCCUAUUGUCUGGUUAUGGUAGACUACGCGGGAUUAAAAAAAGGAAUCCUAGGUAGCAUGCAUACGUGUCCAUUGCCUGGAGUGUGCGCGCUCUCCCACCUCAGGAGCUGAACCAAAUGCCAUUCAUCAUGAGAUAGUCUGUGCAAAUGAAAAUUCUUUGAGUGCAUGUGUGUCUCUUGUAUAGACGUCUCCAUGACUGACGAG